AAUCUACGAACAUCGAUUGUUCCUUGACAUUUUGAUAUAUUUGCAACAACCCUAAUUUUUUUAAGAACUUGCUGCUAAAAAUUAAAGGAAAACGUAAUGGGGAAACGGCGGACCCAAUCCCUGAUGGAUUCAAAUUCCAGCGACAGUGAUAGUGAGUCCGACACCAAUCUGGAAUCGGAUCUGAUGUCCUUGGCCAAGAAGCGCAAGAAGCCCGCGGCGGCGGCUGCAAAGGCAAGCUCCCGCUCCGACUCCGAUUCCGAUUGGGCCAACAACAAAGCCGGAGCUCCGGCCGCUAAGAAGAAGAAGCGCCAGAAGAAGGCCAGCCGAGACUCUAGCUCCUCGGAGUCAAACUGGGACGACGACAGCCAGGAUGAGGCCCAGCCGCAGCAGCAGCAGGCACCACCUGCCCAGGUGGAGCACAAACCCCAGGCGGUAGCAGCCGCGGCUCAGUCAGCCCAGCUGAGCGAGGCUGAGGAGGGCGAGGUAUCCGACAGCGAUUCCGACAAAUCCAAGUCUUCAUCCUCUGGGUCCGGGUCGGACUCCUCCAGCUCGUCAUCCUCUAGCUCAGAUUCCGAGUUCGAUGAUGGCUACGAUGACGACCUGAUGGGCGACGAUGAGGAUCGCAGGCGUCUGAACGGCCUGUCCGAGAAGGAGCGUGAGACGGAGAUCUACAAGCGUAUUGAGCAGCGCGAGAUCAUGCGCACUCGCUGGGAAAUCGAGCGAAAGCUGAAGCUGGCGCGUCGCGGCGAAAAGAACCAGGAAAAGUCAAAGACAAAGGGCGAGCGCGCCAAGAAGAAGAAGGAGAAGCGCGAAAAGAAAGCCAAGAAGGCCAAGGAAUCCCAGCCUCCUGUACAGCCCCCGGUUGCCAUCUCUUCUCUGCCCGCAGUAGAACCCAAACCCAUUAGCGAAGUAAAGGCUGCUACUCCCAUGUCCCCACCAGCUCUUAUUCGGGAGAUGGCAUCCACCUCGGCGGCGGUGGCCAGCAUAUUACCUGAAGACCAAGCUUCAGGGGCGGGUGUAGCCGACUAUUUCGAUCACAAGGAACGCUCCAAGGAGCGCAAGAAGAACGUGGAGGCCAACAAGACGGACGACAAGCGCAGCAAUGCCAUGGCUAUGCUGAAGGCCAAGCGCGAGGGCAAGGCCAAGAGGGAAGAGGAGGAGGCCAAGAGAGCGGCUGAGCGAGAUCGCGACGACGACAAGGAGGAGCUGGAGAGCGUAUCCGGAUGCAAGUCGGCUGUAAAACUGAAAGCCUCCGAGAUCUACUCGGACGACUCGGGCAGCAGUGAUUGGGACGAGGACGAGAAACCGACGGGCAAGCGAUCAAGAUCUAACAGCAGCAAGGCCUCCAGCGAAACCGAGGACGAGGAGAAGACUACCAAGAGUCCCGUGUUUAUCAGCACCCGCGAUGAUCUGAACAAGCUGCGCCUGUCACGCUACAAAAUGGAGCGCUUUGUCAACUUGCCCAUCUUCGAGGCCACGGUUUUGAACUGCUUUGUGCGCAUCAGCAUUGGCAACAAUGGCCAAAAGCCAGUUUAUCGUGUGGCUGAAAUAGUGGGCGUGGUAGAGACGGGAAAAAUCUAUAAUCUGGGCACCACGCGCACCAAUCGCGGACUGCGCUUAAAGUACGGCAGCCAUGAGCGAGUCUUUCGCCUGGAAUUCAUCUCCAACCAGGAGUUCACCGAGAACGAGUUUAACAAGUGGGUCGAGAUGUGCAAGGAGUCACAGGUCCAGAUGCCAUCUAUGGACCUCAUCGAGAUUAAGGCGAACGACAUCAAAAAGGCGCUGAACUACGAGUUCAAGGACGAGGAUGUCGACAAGAUCGUGGAGGAGAAGAACCGCUUCCGCAAUCGCCCCACCAACUACGCCAUGAAGAAGACCUGUCUGAUGAAGGAGCGCGAUGCUGCUAUGUUGAGGGGCGACUACGACAUUGCCCAGGAUCUGGGGCAGCAGAUCGACGAGCUCGAGAGCCGGGCCUCCGAGCUGGACAAGCGGAGAUCGCAUACUCUCAACCUCAUCUCCUAUAUCAACGAUCGUAACCGCAAGAAGAACGUUCAGGAUGCCGAGAAGGCCAUCAUGGAAGAGGCUCGUGCCAACAAAGGUCUGAAGAUCUCGGAUCCCUUCACUCGCCGCAUCACCCAGCCCCGCAUGGGCUUCAAGGGAGGCAAAAAGGACGAGGAGGAGAUGCUUCAGGCGCCGCUUCCACCACCGCCACCGGGCAAAAAGAAGGCCAACGAAGCGGGUCCAUCCAACUCAAGCGCCAAGCCCACAGACUCCAAGGAUUACAGUCUAUACUCACUGCACGACUUCGAUAUUGAUCUAGAUGUUCCUCUGCCGGUUAACAGCACGAAUUCCGUGCCCAAGCCGGCGAGCAAGCCAGCCGAAACAGUCUCAAAACGGUCCUUAAAUUUGGAGGACUACAAAAAGAAGCGCGGCCUCAUCUAGAAACUAUCAUGUAUUGACAAAGCCUAACACGUUAUCGUCCUAGUGUAGUGUAGUGCCUACAGCAAACAUUUGUUAUCGCCUCCGUGACCGACACUCACACUCAACUAGACAAGCAAACGCAGGAUGGGUAGCUUCCCUUGGCCUUAGUUACAGUUUAUUAUUGUAUUUAGAUUGACACGGAAAGGUGGGUCAAGCGUACCAGAGAUUUGCCGCAGCAUGCCCAUUAAAUAUUUCAUCGAGGAUUA